AGGUGUAUUUUAAAUAAAGUAAACUUUAUUGAUUCAGUAAACUGUCAUGGCGACGUCCACAAGCCAGAGUUGGAGCUGGUUUGUCGCUUUGGCUCUUGGAGUUUCUUUUCUGAAAUGUCUGCUCAUAAAUGCAUAUCACUCUACAGAUUUUGAAGUCCACCGGAACUGGCUUGCUAUCACUCACUCUCUGCCUGUGUCAAAGUGGUAUUAUGAGGCCACAUCAGAGUGGACACUGGAUUAUCCUCCCCUGUUUGCAUGGUUUGAGUUUGGACUGUCGCACGUCGGCAAAUACUUUGAUGCGAAGAUGCUGGUUGUUGAGAACCUUAAUUACUCCAGUCCUGCUACAGUGCUGUUCCAGAGACUUUCUGUCAUUAUAACUGACGUGGUCUUCAUUUAUGCAGUUAGCGAAUGUUGUAAAUGUUUACGGGAAGACAAAGGAAAGGAUCUGCUGGCAAAGCCGUCGUUCAUCCUGGCCACACUGCUGCUGUGGAACUGUGGUCUUCUCAUCGUUGAUCAUAUUCAUUUCCAGUACAAUGGCUUCCUCUUUGGAAUUCUUCUGCUAUCAGUUGCACGACAUCUUCAGAACAGACACUUUGAGGGAGCCCUACUGUUUGCCAUCCUCUUAAAUCUGAAGCACAUAUACCUGUACAUGGCUCCUGCUUAUGGAAUCUUCCUGCUCAGGUGUUUCUGCUUCACACAGAGUAACACAGAUGGCUCAGUGAGGUGGAGGAGUUUCAGCCUUUUUCGCCUAGUAGCUCUAGGAUUUAUUGUUCUGUCCACCUUUGCUGUGUCUUUUGGACCCUUUAUUAUCCUGGGUCAAAUGCCACAAGUGCUUUCCAGACUCUUCCCUUUCAAGCGUGGGUUAUGUCACGCUUACUGGGCCCCUAAUAUCUGGGCACUGUACAACAUUGCAGACAAAGCUCUAUCUGUCCUGGGUGUGAAAUUCAAACUGCUUGACCAGAACAAACUUCCCAAAGCCUCGAUGACUGGAGGUUUGGUUCAGGAAUUUCAACACUCUGUUCUUCCCCCCGUGUCUCCUCUAGUGACGCUUGCUUGUACUUUACUGACAAUCCUGCCUGUUCUGUUCAUUACAUGGCGAAGGCCUAACGGAGCCCGAGGUUUUCUGCGCUGCGUCAUCGUUUGUGCCCUGGGAUCUUUCAUGUUUGGUUGGCAUGUCCAUGAGAAAGCCAUUUUAAUGGCAAUACUUCCUCUAAGCUUGCUAGCGGUAGAGAGUAAGGAAGAUGCUCGAACCUUUCUGAUCCUCAGCACAACAGGCCAUUUCUCCCUCUUUCCGCUCCUCUUUACAGCCCCAGAGCUCCCUAUCAAAAUUCUCUUUAUGCUGAUGUUUACAGUCUUCAGUUUUACCUCAUUCAAGAAGCUUUUCAGUAAAGCAGGCUGGUUGGUGAACUCCAUGGAAGCUGUAUAUCUCCUGGGCCUGGUUCCUCUGGAGCUCAUCUGUGAGAUUGUUUACCCACUGACUAGCUGGCAGCAGACGCUUCCCUUCAUCCCUUUGCUUCUCACCUCUGUCUACUGCGCACUGGGAGUGGUUUACUGCUUCAUCAGACUCUACUUAUCAGUGUUCACUGUUCCAUUUAGCAAAGUGAAAGCCCAGUAAUAAAUAAAGGUUGUAGAUGCACUAAUCUGUUAUUACUUUUUGUUUACAAUGAUGUGACCAAUGUUACUUUGGACUCACUUUUGGGAAAGCAGUGUCUAUCAGUCUAAGGGUUUUUUUUAUUUUGAUACACAAUCAUUUUCUACUGAAUGUGAUAUUUUGAUUAAAGAACUAUACUUUCACGUU